AUAAUGCAAAAGGUUAAUAAUAAAUGUUCUAUAUUUAGACUUCACAGUUAAUAUAAUGUAAGUUUAGACAAUCUACUUCCAUUUACAAAUCGCCUGUCAUUACGAUGAAAGUGUUGAAUGUAUAUAAUUUACUGCAGCGUACAACUUUUAAAAGUGAUCUUGAGACGUUACAUAAUUUUUCUGUAAUGUUCAUCUUUCUGUUCAUAGGCAUUCCCCUCCUGGAGUAGAGUCCGGCUCGUCAGUCGAUAUUCUCCCUGCGCGGGCAUUAUUAAGGUGUGGGGAGGGGGGGAACGCGUGGCUAAAAUUCUCAUCUUGGAAAAGGUACUACAAAACAAAAUACAAAUAUUCCUGCAAUAAACGCAAACUAUCCUCGAAAAGUGAUUAAGCAAAAGAAAGAGAGAAGGCGAACGAUCGAAGACAAGUACCAAGCGAAAAAGCAACAAGAUUUCUCCUACUUACACUGCCUGCACACAAGAAACACUGCAUCGAGAGCUGCACGUGCUUUCUCUAAAAAAGAAGAAAGGAAAAAAAAUUCGCGUCGCUGCAUACACGCGCACGAAUGAGUUGCUUCAAGAAGUUCGUACGAUCUGAUAUGCGACGAAGCUCUCGUCUGUCUCUCUCCUGCUGAAGAGGAAGAAGAAAGGAUUGUGAACUGAAUUUGUGGACUCUACCAUUCAUCUUUUUGAAUAUCAAGACGGAAAACGUUAACGAGGAAUGAACAUAAGCGGAAUCACGGAUAAUUCGGCGUCUUUUACAUGUGACAGACCAUUCGUCGGUAGUUUUUAAGUGUCCCCCUUUUCUGAUUGAUUCGCCGUGACAAUAGAUAAGAACCAUCCCUUAUAUAAUAUAUAUAGGUCCGCGUAUUGAAGCUAGCCAAUACAUUAUAAUUACACCUACAAAAUCGACCGACUGCAUCGAAAAAUUUGCUGGUAAAUGAUUGAUACGAGACGAGCCGAGCACCGUUAGCGUCAAGGUUGCACGCAGAUCUUUUGAUAAACUCGUCGCUUCGAGCAUCUCCCGAAAGUAUAUGAAUAGUAUGCUUAGCAUAUAGUUAAUUGGACGACACUAAUCGGACGACGCUCAUACACACAGGCUCGUUGUCGGCCUACAGUGAAAAAAACUGGUUAGCUCUCAUUCAUGAGGAUACUUUAAUUAUUUUGCUUGAGAAUUAAAUUACAAGAAAAACAAAUCCGACGCAAAUCUUUUAUAAAAGAACAAUUUUUUGAUACUGAAAUCAUAAAGAGUAUUUUGCAAGAAUUGAAGCUUUCAUUAAGAGUCAAUCUUGUCUUCGGGGGUGAAGAAAGUUUUACAAAUAGAACGAAUAGGGUCCUUGAGACCCAAAUAAAGAAGCAAUCAUUGAUUCCGACGAGUCGACUGUGAUCAUGGGCGCCCAGGAGGAGGACACCAAGUCCAGCACCAUGGGUGGGGUGUUACCCGUGGUGGAGGUCGCGUCUUUGUUAGAGAAAGCGAAAUUCUAUACGUCCCUCUGCCUGGGCACCACGGCCAUUCUCGCUGUAUUCGCCUUCCUCUUUUUAAUCCCCUUCGUCGUGGAACCUGCCAUUUCUACAAUCUUGGCUGACUUUUCACCACACGCGGUGGCCUGUGUCGUCACUGAGCACAUUUACGCCGAGGGAUUGAAAAACUGCUCUUGGGCGAGCUGUAGGGAAGGUUGUACUAGCGCCGCGCUUCGUUGUCAUCAAAUCAGAGUGAACUACACCAGGCUGACGUUUGAAGAAUUUAUGGCGAAACCGUUGGGUUCUAUACCCUGGGAUGUUCCAGACACGAAAUUCUUCGUGAAUACGGAAGGCUGCGGCUACCCACCCAGAGUGAAUUGUUCCGACUUCGCUAAGAAAUUCGGAUAUUCGAACAUGGGCAAGAUAUUUCCUUGCUACUACAGUAGGACACAUCCAGAGACCGUUGUUGCAAGGUACUCUUGGGACGAAAACCUAAGGCACCUAGUACUAGCCUUGGUAGUACCCACGGUUCUGUUCGGUGUGUCUCUUAGCGUGUUAUGUUAUUGGUAUUGUCCACCAAUGGGCAAGACUUGCGGUGGGCCAGGCCGUAAUUUGAUCGACAAAUACACCAGGAAGGAAGACAUCCUGGGAGAGGAUGAGUUCGAGGAAGAUGAGGAAGAAUACUGACUGCUGCCAAGGGCUCACCCCCCAGCACGGGAGUGACGCCGAAGAAACUAUUGAACAAUCCCCCUACAUAUACAUACUUUACGUUCUAAAUUUAAGCGAUCAAUCGAAAGCAAUAGCAACGUUAGGGAAAUUCCGGCAACGAAGACAAACAUAAUUCGUUCGUAUUUCAAAGCGUCUGACUAGUUUCGACCUUUACUACUUUCUACUUUAAUCCAACGCACUGCAUGCUGUAUUUCGAUCGACUGCUUUUAUUGCAGUAUAUCUAUUAACAUAAACGCAUUCAAUUUUAACUCUUUUAAAUUUCGCCUACGAAGUAUUGUACUUUCGCAUAUUACUCGGUCUAUCCGAAUUAUUGCAAUAAAUCAAAAUCAAUAUUGUGUCCGAAUGAAUAAUUCCAUUUUAAAGAUUAUUCCGUCAUGAAAAGUGUAAGCCGACGGAAUCGUACAUCGAAACUGCUGUCGUAUUUGCUAAACCGAGUUAAUCCAAGAUGUCUUUCACAAUAUUUUUACACCGUGCAACUAAACAAAGAUGUAAAAAGUGAACUUUUGAGAAUUUUAUAUACGGACGCAAUAAAUUCUGCUAAAUUGCUGCUCGUGAAAUUUGUGGAGACAGUGAAGUGGGCUAGUUAAUCAAGCGGAGAGCUUUGCUCGAUUAUCUCAGUAUUCGGAGCGGGAUUAAGAGGUACAUGCGAUACAACACAAGGUGCGCCUUCCUACAACGUGAUAACUUUAAACGUAAGGAAACAAAUAAUUAAGCGACACGUUUUAACGGAGCAUUCGUAAUAAGAUAGGUGGUGUUUGUAUUUGUAAGAAAUGAUCGUUCAAAUUCGGGUAAAAUGAUUCUCCAAAUAAUAAAUAAAUGACACUCUGAAAUACAAAAGAAAAAUUGUACAGUAUGUUUAGAAGCAGCAUUAUGCAUCUAAUUAUUUAUCAUUUUAAUCAUAAAUUAUGACAUACUGCUUAUAAUAGUAUUUUCAAAUAAUUUUAUAGAUUGAACUAUUUAUUGUUUGAAAUGUCAUUUUACCCAGAUUUGCGUGCGUUUUAGCUCACGAACCUUGAAACUCGAGGAAAGUUAAAAGAUAAUAAUCGAUCUAUCGAGCAUUUUGUAACAGAUAAGAACUGAAAAUCCUGUGCUGGCGCAUGUCAACCGAGUGAUUUAUAAUUGCUAUUUCAUAUGUUUCAUCAGUAUCAACAGUAUUUGUAUUACAAAGAAGGAUAGAACGAAGGAGAAAAACAUAACUAUUCUUUCCCUGCAAAAUCGAGUGAUUACAGAAGUAGCAAUGACCGCUUUUGAAGGGACAGUAAAAUUAUAAUCAAACUUGCAAUUUUGAGAUGAUAGAAAGGGAAAGGAAGUAACACGGCUGCCUUCAGGAUAUGUUUUCGAACCAAAGAAAAAACUCGUAGAUCUAAGAUUUAGCUCGUAAGUUAGAAUAAUUGAUUAUCGUAUCAAGAUUGAUACAAGAAAAGAUUAUUAUUAUUAUACGCGGGCGUAAGUCGCAUCGUCGAAUGAAUAUAUUUGCAUAAUAGGCGCGCAUGCACGCACCGUACAUAGGAAUAUUAGUUUGUAAUUUUAGCAUGUCAGUUUUCAGUUUAGUUUUCUAAUGGGUCGAGCGAACCGCGUUCCAUAAGUUGCGAAACAACAACUAACGAGCAUUUUAAUAAAUUAAAUAGCAUUAAUUUCCAUUUAAAUCUCGGAGUAUUUGGAAAUUAGUUUAGUUGCUAUAUAGCAUCCUGCCCGAGAUAUCAGAUUCUUAUAUAACAAAUUUAGAACUAGAGGGAGAAAUUGCAAGUCUCAUUUUGCACGUAAUUCUAUCAUUUAGAAAAAUAUAUUGAACAUACAAUUCGUUUUAAUAGACAAAUUAUAAUGAAAAUCAUAGAACUUUCUUAUCUAGUUUUAGCUUACACGUUUAACGUAUAUUUAAAAUUCAUAUGUUUUGUGUGAAACAGUCUGUACAAAUGCAAACUGACGAACUAUUCUAUGAAACUAUUUAACAAACAUUUAGUAUUAUCAAUUUAAGAGAUCGACAAUGAUAAGUAGAAUGGAAUUAUUAAUGCCUAAUUUAUAGUUUAUUUAUCGAAUCUUAAUAGUUUUACUAUUAAAAUGUUACGUACUCACAACUGUGUACUAUCAGUUGUUUCGAAGCGUACGGAAACUGCGUCGCAAACCUGUACAUCUAGAAUGGUUGUGAAUCCUUUACUCGGCCUUAUUCCAGGCGUCCAGAAAGUUGGAAUUGAAAAUUCGCCUCUAGUUGCGAAUUCCAACGGAACCUGCGUUUUGGCACUCAUUCCCCACAAAGCUUGCUAAUCAAUUUCCGUUUAAUACGAUCGGUCGAUCGAUGGGUCGUUCGCGAAUCUUUGAAAUUAGCAACAACAAACAAUACGAACGCUCUCUUGCGCCUUUCUCGCGCUGCGCGAACUGUUUGCUCCAAGAUGCUCGACUCGCGGGACGAUGUGUUCAUGAAAUUGAAUCGAUGAGGGAGAAAAUAAGCAGAAGAAGUAGAAAAACUUGAUAUAUUCUCGAAGAGAAUUCGGUAUAACCAUUAGUUGCUAGCAUAAUACAAAGUGAAGCCUUACGAAUUAUAAGAAAUUAUGGAUAUUAUACGUUGGAACAGGAAACAAAGGAGAGCUAUUUAGUCUUCGAUAGAGGUGAUCAUAUCUAGAUCAUGGAACACUGAUUAAUAAAUUAUAAAUAGGUAACAUCGUGCUUGAUCAACAUAUAAGAGUUUUGGAUUAUUGUUUGGAUAUACGUCCAGCGCAAGCACUUCCAUAUCUUUCAUAUCAGAUCGGUUUAGUGCCAACUCGUUAGUCGAUUAGAAUCUGGCGAAUGAUCAUUCAGUUAAACGUACUUAGAAAAUCAUCGAUCGCGGGAUAAUACGUCGAUACAAUUAGAUAGUUUGUACAAAAUUUUAGAAAUACGAAGGUAAUUGGGGACGAAUCGUUUCAUUGAUGAAAAGAUGAAAGAAUGUGAACAAUGUCUGAAGUGAUGUAAUGAGCGAAUUGUUUGCAAUCUAUGGCAAAACUUGCGAUGGUUACAGAUGAGAAAAUGGCGAUUAUUGUGAAAUCUCUAUUUCUAUUGAUAAUAAUGUGUAAUGCAUGUUAUAUUAUUUGAUUGUUGUACCGUACCUUCCCCUAUUAUAAGUAAGCAGUUAUACUAACUUUCCUUCCUGUCAAUCAUUCCUAUAUUUUUAUUUUUCACUCUUUUUUGAUAAAUUUUUUCUCAACUGAUAGAAGUUCCUGCAUCAUUUUUCUUAUGUCACUUCUUAUUAUUUCCCCGUUCUUCUUUACUUCAUACCCCUUUUUAUGCCACCUGUAUGGAAUAAUAACGAAAUGAAGAACAAUCUAUGAAUAAGGUUCCCGGUCUUUUACUCAAGAAUUUUAAAACUUCAUCAAACUAAUAAUGACUGCUUCGCGCAUAACACUGUAAGUCUUAAAUACAUUGUACGUAAUAUAUUGUAACGUACUCGUUUUACGAUUCAAACGAAUUAUUGUUAAUAAAAGAUUGUAUGAUUUCGUUUGAAAUAUACAGAAGUCUUCUGUUAAAUGCA